GCAUUUAUUGUGAAGGAGUGGCCCGGAAGUGUAGCAGUCACUGAUAUUAGCAGAGCUCAGGCUGCUGCUGGAGCUCGAAUAGUGAAGUUUUAACAAGAGGACGAAACGAAGACAGUCUUUCUCUGAUCAUUUAUUGUAAUGGCACAUCAGCUAAAAGACAGAGAAGCUUACCAGAGACUGAACUUUCUGUACCAGGCCGCUCACUGUGUUUUAUCUCAAAACCCAGAGAAUGUGGAGCUGGCUCGUUUCUACAGCUUCACACAGAGAACCGUAGCGAGACGCCUGGUUCUCAGACAAGAUCCAUCAGUGAAGAGGACAAUAUGUAAGAAGUGCUUCUCUUUACUUAUCCCUGGUGUGACUGCUACAACAAGACAACAAAGGAAAAAACGCAAGACUCGCUUCACCGUGGUGACGUGUCUCAGCUGUGGGCAGAGCAAGAAGCUGCUGAAUAAUCCAGAUUAUUGUUUAUGGGUAGAUAACCCCAAGGCUCAGAUGGAUCAACAAAAACCACCAGAUUCAGGCCAUUCUGCUCAACAUCAGACAAAAAAAGACAAAAAAGCUGAUGGGUCAAAGUCCUCUAAAUCCAGCGCCACCCAGAGUAAAGACGGCACAUAACAGCAGUUACUCUCUUCUGACCUCGAUAUCUUGAUGUCUGAUAUUUCUUUUUUAUAAAGUGUGUGCUGCUGUGUUGAACAUGCAGAAUCAGACGAAGUUGCCGUAUAUAUUUCGAAAUAUCAACUCUUCACUUCUGUUAUACAUUAAUUUCAUUCGGUUGAUUUAGAACAUGUUUGGCCUCUGUACCAUCUGUGGCUUGUGUAACUGCCUGUUAUGGUGUCAUUCUUAUUGAUGCCACCAAAUGGUCUUGAUUUCAUUGAAAAUAGCAGACAAAAAUAGUGAAAGUAUGUAAAUUUGAGGUAUUAUUAUUAGUAUUUAUCACUAUAAUUUGAUACUGUCUGUAGAUGCUUGUUAGGUUGAGGUAAAAAUAUCUUGACUAUUAUCGAUCUGCUAACUAUUUUCCUAAAGGGCUGAUUGUAGUUUCUUUUAAAUUUUCUUCUUCUCUCCUUUGUCUCCUUUGGGCACUCUGAAACGAGUCUUCUGGAAGUAGAAAAGGUUCUUGGCAAAAAUCCUUGGAAUAUGUCCCAUGUACAAGAGCAGACCCAGGAUCAUGCCUAGAAAACAGACCAGUCACUGUAAGCAGCAUGUUCACUUUGAAGAACUGACAUGCAUGUAUAUUGAAUUUAACUAUAGUUUACCUGUGAGCGGGCCCAGCCAGUAGACCACCAUGUACUCUGUGAGGGUAAAUCCAGGGCAGUGGAAGGUGAGGCCGUAAGACAAAGAUGGAUUUAUAUAAGCUGAGGUGAAGCCGCUGGCUGCAAAAAGGAAAAUCAAGUUUGUUAGUUGUUCUUUGUUUCAUUGGUCAAACAAGGUUGUUUUUUUUUAUGCAAAAGAAAAGGGACAGAAAAAAUAACUGUCCUAUGAACACCUGAAAUACAAAACUUUAAAGCUCUGAGGGAAAAUGUUUGCAUGAUAAGAAAAGGACGAAGGUGGAGACCAAUUGAUUUAAUCUAAUUUAUAAAUUGGUUGUAAACAAGUGAUUGAAAACAUUUUGCGUGAUUAUUUCUGAGUUUCACAGUCUGAGUGUCCAUCUGUUUUAAGUUUGCUCUUCAGUAAAAGAAAAAACUGAAGCACCACCCUUGUGGUGACUGAUUCAUAACUGGACAUAACAUUUUCUCUUAUUGAUAAAUAAAAAGUUUUGUUGUAAAA